CUUCCUUGCUUUGCGUCAUGCGGGGGCAGUGAUGUUUAUGUGAGGGAAAGCCAGUAUAUGAAGCUCCCUGAGGCACCAUUAAGAGUAUUAGUGUGUAGGGAAGGGCUCCUGCAUUCAGUGGACCAGGGGAUGUGGUAAAUAAGGUUCUGGAGUCCCUAACCAAAAUAUUCAUGCAGUCUUGACCUCACCACCACCACUACCACCACCAUGUUCAGGCAGCAGGUGGCAGUGGGCGGCAACAAGCAGAUCUGUAGCUACUAUCUGAAGGGCACCUGUAAAUAUGGCGCAAAGUGCUGGUACUACCACCCCCCCAACCAAGGCGGCACCGGCGCUGCCAGCGGCGGUGGCGGAGUGUUCGGUGCCACAGCCAGCGUGUUUGGCGGGAAGUCUGGUGGCCAGCAGGACUCCAAGGAAUUCACUGACUUUGUGAAGCAGGUGAGUGGGGAGAUGACACAGUGGGAGCGCAGUGGGCAGUGGCUCGUGUCCAGCUUCUCCCCGCUGAAGGCUCACCCUCCCCUCGUGGGCUUCUCUGACACGUCCCCAGAGGAGUUCAGGAUUGAUGCCUACACCGCCAACAAGACCAACACCUGUGCCGCCUAUCAAGCCAAGUGGAUGGAAGUGCAGCAGACCUUCAAACAGCUGCGGGAGGCACUCAAGAUGUCCACCUCUGAGGCUGUGCAGGCACUGAGGGAUGUAUUCUACAGUAAGAGCCCCCUGGAGCAGCAGCAGCAGCAGCAGCAGGUGCUGAAGCAGCCAGCAGGGCUGUUUGGCAAGACCAGCGGCGGCUCCAUGUUUGGCAGCUCGUCAAGUGCCGCCAAUACAGGGCCAGGGCUGCUGGGGGCAGCUCCCCAGGCCGCCCAAGGUUCCCUCUUCGGCGCCGCCACCCCCUCCAUUUUUGGGGGAGGAGCAGCGCAGGCCCCUGCCACCCCCAGCAUCUUUGGCGGGGCAUCAGCAGCCAAGCCACUCUUUGGGGCACAGACAUCGGUGUUAGGCACAUCUGGGGGCAGCGUGUUUGGGGCACAGCCUGCCACCGCUGCCGCUGCCCCCAGUGUGUUUGGCGCUACCCCAGCCACGCCCCAGGCUGCCACGUCAGGGUCGCUGUUCAGUGCCGCACAGACCCCCAGCUCAGUGUUCGGGACUGCCAGCACGGCUCAGGCCACACCCGCCCCAGCAGCCCAGACCAGCAUCUUUGGCCAGCAACAGCAGCAGGGCAGCCUGUUUGGCUCACAGCCACAGCAGGCACAGCAGGGUGGCCUGUUUGGCUCACAGGCCCCACAGCAGCAGCAGCCCCAGCAGACCAGCCUAUUUGGUGCCCAGCCACAGCAACAGACCAGCUUGUUUGGCGGACAGCAGCAGCAGACACAGCAGACGGGAGGAGUGUUUGGUGCACAGCCACAGCAGCAGCAAUCAGCAGGCUUGUUUGGAGCACAGCCUCAACAGCAACAACAGCAGCCAGGGAGUCUGUUUGGUGCACAGCCUCAGCAGCAGCAGUCAGCAGGGCUGUUUGGUGCACAGCCUCAGCAGCAACAGCAGCAACAGCAGUCAGCAGGGCUGUUUGGUGCACAGCCUCAGCAGCAGCAGCAGUCAGCAGGGCUGUUUGGGGCACAGCCUCAGCAGGCAGGAGGGCUGUUUGGAGCACAGCCACAGCAGCAGCAACAGCAGCAGCAGCAACAGCAGCAGCAGCAGCAGCAGCAGCAGCAGCAGCAGCAGACAGGGGGACUAUUUGGGGCACAGCCAGAGGCCAGCACCACCACAGCCACACCGGGCAUAUUUUCCGGAGGAGCGGCCGCCUCACAGCCACAGGGAACCACUGGCUCCAUAUGGGGGUGCUCCCUUUGGGGGCAUCAAGCCGGGCCUUUUUGGGGGCGGGGGGAGGCUGCUGCCAAGCCCGGCCUGUUUGGCAAGCCUGCCGAGCCUGUGCCUAGCCUGUUUGGCCAGGGCCAGCCCAUCCCCACCCAGGCCGCCCCCUCACAGGGCAGCCACAACUACACCCCCCUGGACCAGCUCUCCCCAGAAGACCGGGCACAGUUUGAGGCAGAGGCCUUCACCUUCGUGCCCUUGUGUCCUCCUCCCCUGGAGCUGUGUGCCUGAAGGACAGGGAAGCCACACACUGGGGAGAGAGAAAUGUAAAGUGGAUAGGUCUCUCUCUCUCUCUCUCUCUCUCUCUCUCUCUCUCUCUCUCUCUCUCUCUCUCUCUCUCUCUCUCUCUCUCUCUCUCUCUCUCUCUC